AUGUCCUCUGCUAUUUUUGAUCCUGCCAUGCUUACUGCUUCUCCCUCACCCUCUCCUGAGCCUGAGGAGUGUGUCCAGAACAAUGGCGACACAUCUUUGGAUGACGCCACUCUCGACACUGCGCCUCCGAAGGAGCCACAGGAAUCCGUUGCUGAUCGGAUUGAACAGUCCUGGGCUGCGGUGCUCACUACCAUGCGCGUUUGCGUGAAGACGUUGCCUCCUCCAAAACCGGAGCUCCUGGAGGAGCAAGAAUCGUGGUUCCAUGAUUGGAAUACCGCUAUGGCUGAUAUGACUUCCGUCUUUGAACAGGCGUGUGCCGUGCAGUUGCACCUUUCGAUCGGCGAUGCGGAUUCCAUAGAGCUGAACGAAGGCAAACUUGCCGCCAAGACUUUGGCGAAGGCCGUCAAGGCAUGGAAGGAGAAAGCGGAGGAGUCGGCUUUGACUGCGCGCACGGCGCAUGCUGAGAAGGUGAAGGCGGUAGAGAAAUUUUCAGAGAAGGGGAAGGGGAAGGAGAAGGAGACCAAGAAGGAGAAGGAACCUUCUCCUGUUGUGACUGAUAUGGGGCGACCACGUUUUGGCGGGCGCAUGACCGCUUCUUCAGUCACACAACCGGCGGAGGCGUGUAUGCGGUGUGCCGCAUCUGGCGCUAAAUGUGUCCUUGAAGAUUCGAACACAAGGUGCAACCCUUGCAUCAAGGCCAGGAAGGGAUGUUCCUUUGUCAUGGCCAAGAACAAAGAGCGUGCGCCUGUCCUGACCAAGGACAAGGUUGUGCCUCCUUCAAAAUCGACCGUGCCGACUGUCACCACUGACACUGGCACUGUGCCUGAUGCUGGCGAGUCAGAGGUGGAGAUAGUCAGCGAGACUACCGCCGAUGAGGACGUCACUGGUACUGGUAAGACUAUCAUGGUGCAGCGUGCCAAGCGUCCGGCUGCUGCUCAUUCUGGGCCUGCGCCACAGCGCCCUCGCCUCGACCUUGAGGCUCAACUCGAGGAGGCGUGGAUUGAGUCUGUGCAGCUUCGGCUUUGA